UCUUGAAGCUGCUGCUGGUGGCAAGGCAGAAGUGAUAACCUGUGAUGUGCUCCUAGUCUGCAUCGGGAGACGUCCUUUUACAAAAAAUCUAGGUCUUGAGGAUCUAGGAAUUGAACUUGAUAAGAGGGGGAAAAUCCCAGUCAAUAACAGAUUCCAAACCAAAAUUCCAAACAUCUAUGCUAUUGGUGAUGUAGUUGCUGGACCUAUGCUGGCCCACAAAGCUGAGGAUGAAGGCAUUCUUUGUGUAGAAGGGAUGGCUGGAGGAGCAGUUCACAUUGACUACAACUGCGUACCCUCUGUGAUAUACACUCACCCUGAGGUGGCCUGGGUUGGCAAAUCAGAAGAACAGCUGAAAGAAGAGGGUGUAGAAUACAAAGUUGGGAAAUUUCCAUUUGCUGCAAACAGCAGAGCAAAGACAAAUGCUGACACAGAUGGAAUGGUGAAGAUCCUUAGUCAUAAAUCAACAGACAGGAUGCUGGGUGCUCACAUUUUAGGCGCAGGUGCUGGUGAAAUGGUUAAUGAAGCUGCCCUUGCUAUGGAAUAUGGAGCAUCGUGUGAAGAUGUAGCCAGAGUUUGCCAUGCCCAUCCAACAGUGUCAGAAGCCUUCAGGGAAGCAAACCUAGCAGCAUCAUUCGGCAAAGCAAUCAACUUCUAAAAUGAAAGAGCUGAUCUUUAUAUGUGUAUAGUGCAUCUCUGGACAUGGACUGUGGGCCCUUACGGAAGGCUGAGUCGGAGGAUUUUAGGACUGAAUUAAGUUAAUCUCUUCAUUCAGAUAUUUAAACAAGUAGAGUUUGGAACAAGUGGAAUUAUCCAGUCUCUGUAAAUUAAAUACUUAAAAUUACAUGUUUAUUUACAUGAUGAAUGUUACAGAAAAACAGCCUGACAGAACUCUUCUUUCUUUCAAAACCAAACAUUUUGCUGCUGCAUGGGAUUAUCAGGUGUGCUGGCCAAAACUCUGGAUGAGUGCACAACGUACCUGGUGUUUUCUUAUUUGAAGUAGUGAUAGACUAAACCAGUUGAAUGCUGGCACUUAAAAUGCCACUGUCACUUCCGCACAAAAAUGUGUUCCCUUCUGGAAGGAUUAACUUUAGUA